AGAAAUAAAAAUUCCGGUUCUUGUCACCUUGCUUUCUGAUAGAACAUAAAGACCUAGAUUUCAGAAUGGAAGAAAAUAAACAAAAUAGUUGAAUACUAGCAAUGGUUUUUUAUCGUUUGCCUCGUAGUGAGUAAGAUCAAGAUUUCCCCUCGAGCAGACGAUUUUCUUAGCUUGAAGUGAAGAGAGCAGUGAGAGUUGUGAGAUCUGAGAAGUGUUCUUUUCUCCGAUCACCAUCUGGAAGAUCGGGUUAAAGGGGAUGAAGAUGCUGAAGCUAUUAUGGUCAGCAAUUUUGCUGUGUGCAAUUUUUGGGAAUGUCGUAAUUGCUCAAAACAGAGGGGUUUCCAGAUAUGUACCAGCUGGAACAGAAGAGUCUGAAGGUGAAACUGCUCCUCGAAUACCUCCACGAAGAUCAUCUGGUAGACGUGCUAGACCCUCUUCAACAGCAGUGCCAAAAGUUCUCGACGAACCUGAGAACAUUCAUGUACCAUCACACAAACGUGACGAGCCUACAACUGCGAGACACAUUUCAAACAGAAAUAAGCAAGAUCAACCUCCAAUUCCAGUUGCUUCAUCGGAAGAUAUACCAGCUCCUUUGGCACCUGCUUCCCCUGAUGAGCCUUACAGUCCUGCUUCUCCCCAAGACAAUAAGCAAGGCAGAAGACGUAGGCAAAAGAAACGAAGGAAACCUCAGGGUCCAAUUUUAAAAUCUGAUGGAGAGAUAGAAAAACCGGAGCAAGUUAUCCCAGAGAGUAAAACAGUUCUUGAACACCUUGACACUGCUGAGAAAAAACCUGUGCUCGCAACUCCGGGCGCUCGAAUCGUUGCAAGCGAUAAUCAUUACGGAUCUGAAGAUAUAUCAUUAGUAAAUAGCCCUGUGGAUUCUUUAUUAAGUCACCCUGAAGUCUCACCUUACUUUCCACCUCAAGCAGGAACAAACAGGCUUCCUUUGCCCGAAGCAGAUGAUGCUGAUAACUCCAGAAGCUACCCAGAACCUUCAGAACCUACUAGGCAUUAUUCCCCCGAACAAGAAACUCCAAAAAGAGGAUCUUAUGUUCCUGUUCUAGCUCCUAAUCGAGCUUCAAAUCAACAGUCUUCAGCUCGUUCAUCAGCUAAUGGAUAUAGACAAGAAAAGAGAAGAGAACAGACAAUACCAAGCACUCGACAAAGUGCACAACGGACUACCAGCAACAGAUCUCGAGGUCAAGCAGCAUCUAAUCCCGAUGAAUUUCUCAGAAAUGCUGGUGUCAAACCCUCUGACAAUAUAAUUGCUGGCAAUGAACCAAUAAUACCAGGUCGUAGUCACGGUGAAGUUAGACUACCACCCUCAGGACAACCUCUAAUUUCAUCUGAUUAUGACAGAGUUUUAAAUGAUCGUUCAUCUUACGACACGGAUAAAAUUAUAGUUCCAUAUUCUUUGGAUGAGAAGUCUGGAGAACAUGAUACCCCUGAAAAUCCUACUUUUAGGGAACCCUAUGAUUCUGUUCCACCUGCAAAUUUCGAUGUCGAUCAGAAAUCCUCUGUAGAAUAUUCUGCCCCAACUGCAUCUAACAGAGGACGAGAAGUUGCCCCUCUAACUUCAAGAAAUGCUGUUUUACAUUAUUCACCAGAGGAGGAAUCACAAAGAUCUCCUCGUCCUGCCCCUGAUCAUAAAGUUCCAGAAUAUCAACCACCACUUCAAAGAUCAAAUACUAGAUAUAGACCAGAACAAUCAGAUUCAUCAACAAGAUCCAAACUGGCUCAUGAAACUAAUUCUCCAGAAGUCCAAUCACGAAGCCGUGGUACCAGCCGAUAUCAGCCAGAUUCAGAGCCCAAUAGUUUUGAUCAAGGAUCAACUCGAUCAUCAUCAUCACACGAUGCUUCAAGAACUCGAUCUUCAUCCAGAUCGCAAGCUGAAAGAACUGAACCUGAAAGAUCAAGAAGCCGAAAUUCCUCCCCAUCAUCAGCAAGUUCUUCCCAAGCUUCGCCAAGAACACGUGGAACAUCUCGUUACCAACCAGAAGAAACUACAUUUGAUGCAUCUUAUGAGGAAGAUACUCCUUCUAGAACAAGAAGUUCGUCUCGCAGCACAAGCUCUAGUCAAACAGGUCCUGUUCAAAAUUCUAGAACACAUCAACCUGAUCCCGAAGAAAAUAAUUAUAGAAGGUCACCUAUCAACCCAGAGGCCGAUGUAGACGCUGAGUAUAAAUCAGCUGAUAGAGUUUAUCGACAACGGGUUCCCGCCUCAUCUGAUCCUGAUGUUGAUGUCCCCCAAAGACAAAGAAUCAGAACCUCACACAGAACUCGCAUUCCGGUCUCGGAAGAAGAAGAUGAGAUUGCUCCAACAAGACAAACACUCCGACCCCGACCUCAAUUUGAGGAGAGAGAACCAGAACAUCUGAGUUCAGACGAAGAAAUCUUAGAUGACAGGAACGCUUUUAGUUCGGAGUAUCAAGAACCAAGCCAUGGCCGACGAAGGACUCCCGUCACACGAGAACAACCAGAGUAUCAAUCACCUAGACAAAAUGGCGCCCCUUCAAGAGAAGUCUCUGAAUUUCAAGCCCCUAGACAGAGCGGUCCUCCUCCAAGAGAUGCACCAGAAUAUCAAGCUCCUAGACAAAGAGCUCCUCCACCAAGGGAACAACCAGAAUAUCAAACACCAAGACAAAGAACUCCCCCACCAAAAGAUGCACCAGAAUAUCAAGCUCCUAGACAACGAGCUCCACCACCAAGAGAUGCACCAGAAUAUCAAGCACCAAGACAAAGAGCUCCUCCAGCUGCUAGACAAGAAAUAGAACAAAGACCUCCUAGACAACAGCCACCUCCAAGAUAUCAGCCUGAUUAUCAAGAGCCACAAAGUCCACGUGUCGAUCGAAAUCAGGCUAAUCGUCGACAACCAUCCCCACAACAGCCUAGAGCACGCCCCCAAGAGUCUGCUACAAGUCCGAACCACGAUGAGAGAUCGUCAGGAAGAAGUAGAUUUAAGUGUCCCGAACCUUAUGGUUUCUUUGCCGAUCACGUGCAAUGUGAUAAAUAUUAUGAAUGUCGAAAUGGUACAGCAGUCGAAAACUUGUGUAAUGAUGGACUUGCCUUCAAUGAAGCUAGUGCGCCAAAAUAUUUGCGGUGUGAUUCGUUAAGAGAUGUCGACUGCAAUUCCAGACCUGAAUUACAGAAACCACGCCCGACGGAAAACUGUCCCCGAAGAUAUGGACUUUUUCCUCAUGAAACAGACUGUACUAAAUUCUGGAACUGUGUUGAUGGUACUGCCACAGAAGUUCAGUGCCCACCAGGAUUAACUUACAAUGACGAACGAGCCACAUGUGAUUGGGCUGACCUUGUGAAAACAUCCUGCAAAACUGAAGAUUUGCUAGGUUUCACAUGCCCUGAGGGAACGGAAUUCGAUUUGCAAGACGGCGUCUUCACAAGAUAUCCUCAUCCAGAUAAUUGCCAAUUACAUUUCACUUGCAUCAAGGGAGAGGACGGAUUAAGAAGACCAAGAAUGCUCUCUUGCAAUGAAGGACUAGUAUAUGACCCAGUUUCGUCGUUCUGUGCCAGACCUGAGAAUGUACCUGGAUGUGAGGACUUCUAUGGAAGCCGUAGUCCACCCCCAAAGAGGAAACCCUCAAGAGAACCAGAACCAAGAGAACCGGAAGAAGUUGUGGAGGAAGAUCCAAGACUGAGAAGAAGAAACCCAAAUAGAAGAAUUCGUAACUGACAUCAUUGAUUCCUUAUUUUUUUCUCUCAUAAGAAGAAACGUACUGUUUUUGUGAUAUUUAAAAACUCCCACACGUUGGACUGCAACAGACUAUCGGUUUCAUGAUUUGUGAGAUUUGUUGUAAAUUUCAGAAUAUUUUGUUGUUGGUGUGUCAAUUUUUCUUUAAUGUCUUUGUUGUAUAAUAGAUAUCAUUGUUUUGUAUUUAUAUAAUUCAGAUCUUAAUAGAUUGUAAGUAUAUAGUUCGAUGUUCGCCUUAAAUUUCAAAAUUAGAAUGUUUCUAAAAAUGGAAAUGAUUUUUAAAAAAAUAUUUAAAUUCAAAUUACAAUUUUUAUACCUGGUGCCAAAUAAUGUUCUUCUUUUUCCUUACUGUUCUUUUUUCUGCCGGUCUCUUUUUUUAAAAAAUUUCCUGUGAAUUUCUUUUAUUUCUUUUGAUUUUCUUAAUAUUUUAAUCUAAAUUUUCUAUAAAAUGAAUUUUAUUUAUGAAGAUAAAUUUGCUUAAGAAUUGAAUAAUAAUAAAUAACAAUACUUAGUUAUUUUGCUUACUUCAAAAUUUUGUUUGAUCGAAUCAGCAUGGUUUGUGAAAAAGGAAGAUGAAGAAAAAUUUGCAAACUGAAGGAGGUAUUUGCAACUUUUAAACAUAAAAAAAAAAUUUUACAACAUAUUUUAAAAAAAUGUGAUGUACUCAAAUUUUUGAAAGAAACUCUCAUUCUUUUUUUAAAUGUAUAAAUCAAUCAAACUAUUAAGAAUAAUUCCGGAUAAACCUUCACUCCGAUUUAUAAUUAAAAAAAGUUUUGGAGGAUUUCAAAAGCGAUUUUUAAAUCCUUGGACCUUGAUUAACUCUAUAAUAGAAAACUCUAUAAUACAUUAACUCGAUAAUACAUUAACUCUAUAAUAGAAAUAUAAUGAAUAAUCGUUUCCUUUUGAACAAUUCAAAAUUAUACCCUGAAAUAUACAUAAUUUUAGGCAAAAUAUGAAACAAGAAUAAAAAAAAAAAUUUUUUUUCGAUUUAAAAUAUGCAAAUACCCACUUGAAUUUAAAAGUUCGUAAUGAAAUUAAUUUUUAACAUUUGAUUGUGCUACCCAAUUAGCAAAGUUUGUUUACAGUAUACAGUUCACUGUUACAAAGAACUAGUUUAUUUUGUUGUCAUCCAAAUAAAAGUUUAAAUACAA